AAUUCCCUGCCAAAACUAUCAGUUGAUUUCUUCCUUCUAAUGUCCCAUAAUGCCUUAUUCGAUUAUUGUCAAUGCCCUCCGUCCCUGCUCUUCAGUCUCUUAAAACUCUUUAGUUUUUCAACUGAGCGAGUCAGAUGAGGCGCAACCGCACUGGGGAAGUAGAGCAGGACUGGCGCAAAAACCCUCGCGCUUUACACUAAGCCGUGUGAUCGGUGUUUUAAAUGGUUUUAAAUGAUGGAAUAUGCAAAUUACAACAGUUGACCAGGGCUUUUAGGCUGUGAAGUGUUUAUGAGGCAUGGCUUUCGUUUUCACUUUCUUUUUUCUGUCCUGGUGAGUACAAGUUAACUAUUCUUCUCCGACUUUACCAUGUUAGGAUGUUGAUCGAUGUAAAUUAUGCAACUUUGAUGCAGUAACAAGUUGUACCGAGUAGAAUAAGACACCAGAUAAUGAAGAUGUACUUUGUUUACAGUGUGAUCAAUGUUUGGGGAAAUAAUCCGAAAUCGACAGAGACUGAUGGGAAUAUCUAUUUGGAUAACAUCACGCGUAUAUUGGAUGGAUUACUAGAUGGAUAUGACAACCGACUGCGACCUGGAUUUGGAGGUACAGUAAUGCACAUUUUAGAAUUCUAACAGGUUGUUUGAUAAGGUGUUAAAUUCCAGUCUUCUCACUCAGUAGAUCAAGUUGUACUUUCCACAGUGCUGAGGCACUUAUGUUCCGGAUAUACCCUAAUUCUUGGUCACUAUCCGAUCGUUGGAAGCUGCUUUUGGUGCACUUAAUAUAACUGUCGAAUUUGUGCCCUAGAGUGUCCAGGCAAUUCAUUUACCCACUGACCUCAAGGUCUCUUUCAUACAAACGGCCAAUCAUACUAAGGGAUGUUAUUGUGCUGACUUGUGAGAGGAAUAUCCAACACUUCUACAGGUCUAGUAACUGUAAACUGGCAAUGGGAUAUCAUUAACAAUAACAUCGUGUUUUAUCUUGUCGAUAUCUUACAUGCUUCCUUUUGUUUUUAGAGUGAAGAUGUAUGUUUAUUUAGCUAUGUCUUAUGCCAAAACAACACUUAUCUUUGUAGGUCCAGUUACUGAGGUCAAAACAGACAUCUUUGUAACCAGCUUUGGUCCAGUGUCAGAUGUUGAGAUGGUAUGUGGCCGCAUUACUACUUUAUCCAGUCCACUUCAAUAACACAAAACUCCAGUGUUGCCAUUUAUGGAUAGUUUAAUACACACUUGUGUUAUUACAGACAGAUAAUUGCUUGUUGCUCUCAGUCCUAGCAUGUCCCUCCACAGUCUCAAGUCAUGUUCCUACCAGCCUUCAUUAUUCUGGCAUUUGGGCAGAAUGUCAUUAAUGCAGCUUAGAGAUUUUAAUCUGGUUGUCAAUCUCUGUCAGUGAGGGUCCCCAGCCUGCUGAGUGUUUUAUUUCCUUUACAGACUAUACCAUGUGAUAUUACAGGCAGUAUAGAUAAGACCCUUCAGAACAGUAAAGCCAUCCAUUUCAUCUAAAAGCAUUCCCGGAUUGAAAAAGCCAUAUCCAUGGUUACCGUUUGGAUCUUCGGUCAUUUGUUUUCAUGUAGAGGAGUUGAGAAAUAUGGACAUGCACAGUAAUUAAACAGAUCACAAACAACACAGAGGGGAUACUUUAAAAUAUGAAGUUUCUUUCCAAAACACUAUAUAUCCAUUUUCUGAAAUAUUGGUAAAUUAACUUUUAUUGAUUAAAGAACUUGUUGUGUUUUUUCACUAUCUAAUCAUGGCAUGGGUUUGUUCAAUGACAGACAUGUAUUUGUUUGAAAUCUAUCACUUGAUGGUUUCAUUUCAGAGACAAAUAAUCAUAGUUUUUUGCAAAACGCUAUAUAUCCGCCUCACUCUUUGAGAAAUAAGUAGUACUACUAGGUUUUACACAGUCAAAUGUAUCAAAUAACUACAUUUUUCUAUAAAUAACUGUACAAAUCAUAGAUUUGUGACAUCAAUAUAAAAAAAUAUUAAACAUUAAUCAAUGCUGUAAUAUGAGAAAACAUUUACAUUUGACAUUUUAGUCAUUAAGCAGAUGCUCUUAUAAAAGCGACUUACAGUUAGUCCAUUCAUCUUAAGAUAGCUAGGUGAGACAACCACAUAUCACAGUCAAAUAUACAGUAUACAAACAUUCCAUUCCAGCUAAACAAUUGAUAUAUAGCGUUUAGCAAAAAAAGCUACAUUUAAUACACACCUAAAAUCUAUUAAUAAAAAAUCUGAGAACAGUAAUAUUUAAACACAUGAAGGUAUCCAUAAGCAAUCAUUUCUGGGAAAAAAAACACAAACGUGAAAAAUAAACUCUUCAUUUGCAUAAAUUAAAUACGUUUACCUAUUACUGACAUUUGAUAAAAAGAAAAUGAGGUCACUGAUAUGCUGUUCGUACUGUACAGUAUAUGCCAUAAUUUGCAUAUUAAUUGAUUGCUGAUUUGAUUUCCAAACUACCAUGUUGUAGGAGUACACCAUGGAUGUAUUUUUCCGUCAAACGUGGAUUGACCAGAGGUUGAAAUUCGAGGGCCCCAUCGAGAUUCUGCGGCUCAACAACCUCAUGGUCAGCAAGAUCUGGACACCAGACACAUUCUUCCGGAAUGGCAAGAGGUCCAUCUCUCACAACAUGACCACUCCCAACAAGCUGUUCCGCAUCAUGCAGAACGGAACUAUCCUCUACACCAUGAGGUACUAAUGAGUCACACAGCCAUCCAGGUCCAGAAUAGACCUGCGUAGUACUCUGUGUUCUACUGGCCAAUCUGAGUAUCAUACAAUCAUGGGUAUGGUUGAGCUAUUUGUGCAAUACACACAAACUUGACCAGGCAUAUUUCUAUGAGUAUUGCUUUGUUUUCAAAAGAUGGUACUACCUACUGUAUGCUGGUGUGAUUAGUUAUAUAUGAUCAUAGGUGAGCAUUACUACUGUACAUAAGGUGUGUCCAAUACUCUUUGCCAUUCCAUUGCAGAUUGACUAUAAAUGCAGAGUGUCCCAUGCGACUGAUGAACUUCCCCAUGGACGGCCAUGCCUGUCCUCUCAAGUUUGGUAGCUGUAAGUUGUCUUGAUAAGCCUUAGUCAGACAGAUGGUUCCACCAGGCUAGCUGGUGAUUACAGACUGACUACAGAAUCUUUAUUUCUGCUGUCCAGAUGCCUACCCCAUGAGUGAAAUUGUGUACACAUGGAAAAAAGGACCACUGUUUUCUGUGGAAGUACCAGAGGAGUCCUCCAGCUUGCUACAGUACGAUCUAAUAGGACAGACUGUGUCCAGUGAGAGGUUAAAAUCCAACACAGGUAAGAAUGUAUUCAUUCACUCAAUGCUUUAGUAAUGCUUACAGAAAUAGGCCUACAAAUAUAACUAUGCUAACUAACAGUAUGCAUCCUGUAUGCAUAUGGCUUUGCAUGAUUUCAAUCUAAAUACAUGUUUUAAUUCUAAAUUGAAUUUUCAUCUGAAUCUCCGCUUGUUUGGUACACAUUCAAACUGGGGUAUUUGACAUGUGCUACAGUAUGCAUGUACUGUAUGCAAGAUGUCUCCCCCAUGAUGCUCGAUGUCUGAUCUGUUAUCUGUAACACAAACCAGUAUUGUGCCCUGUGAAUUGCUGAUUUAACAACGUGUCUGUUACAAACUCUCUGCGUCACAGACAGAAAUGUAAUUUGUUUUCUGACAGGUGAAUAUGUAAUCAUGACUGUUCACUUCCACCUGCAAAGGAAGAUGGGCUUCUUCUUGAUUCAGACAUACAUCCCCUGUAUCAUGACGGUGAUCCUGGCUCAGGUCUCUUUUUGGAUCAAUAAGGAAUCGGUUCCUGCUCGAACUGUAUUUGGUAGGCCUCCUGAUCUCCACCAUUACUCCCUCCAUGUCUUGAUUGGCUUGUCCACCAUGCUUACAUGUUGCAAGGUUACCCCUAAAGGUCACAUUAUAAGUUGAAGUUCCUUUGGAGUGAUACAAUAGAGCAUAUUUAAGAUAACAAAACAACCAAGCUGGAUAAUACCAAUUCACCACUCAUUGCAUGAUCUAUUCUGUAUCCUUUUAUGUAGAUUGGGUGAAGAUAUAGUAUUUUAAUGUGCUUUUUUGGCAGAACUUGGUAAUAGCUUGCAUUCUAUGGAGUGCUUCACUUAGUGGAGUGGUACUAGAGAUAAAAGGCGGUAGCUCUUACUCCUUCUACCUCAUGAUCUUUAUUUUCUCCAAAGUGGUGGAGCUGAAUUAAUAGUAAAUAACUCCUACUCUGAAAUCGGUCCUACCGAGAGGGUUGGGGGGGUGAUGCUGUUUACUUGGACUCGUUCCGAGGACUUGCAGGUUCCGCUUGUUCCCAUUACAUCAUGCAACACUUGUUUCAGCCUCUAGCCUCGGGAGCAUGGAGCUCCUAAGUUUAAUUUGCCAUACAUUGGAUUUUCAAUUUUAAUUUCCUCAGUUACAUUUUCAUGAGCAGGAGUAGCAGCCUUUGUAGAUUAUGGCUCUGUUUGGAAGCUCGUCAGCAUUUUGAAAAGCCCACACAGAAGUGAAAGAUACCAAUCAUUAGUACGCGUUCAAGUUGGGCCCCACGUGAAACGCACAUAUGCGGAAAGUCAUUAACCUCCCACAUCCCACUGCUUUCAUUUCACACAGUAGCGGGGGAGCGAGUGUUUUUAGUGUGAACAUGGUGUGUCCUUUAGGAGGCUGUUGCAUAAAACAUAUUGGAUUUUCCAAUAUGACUCUAAGAGCUGAAAGUCCCCAGAGUUGAAGUUCCACAGACUUAAUUGAGUGGGCCUAAUUUGUACCUUGCGUUUAUCCUUUAAAAGCACACGGAUGCCUCAAGCUCUUCAUUUCUUUCCCCUUCAUUUUCUUUCUCCUCCUCUUCCUCCCUCUCUCUCUCUUUCUCUGGCCUCCUCUGCUUUAUUUCCUGGCACGAUUUCUCCCAUAUCCCUCUUCCCCAGUGUGAUUAACAAGUGCAUGAGUUUGACAGGCAGUGUUGGCCAUUGGUGGGGGUUUUAUAGAGAGUUGGUACUGUAGCUAACUUAAUCAAGAGUUGUAUACUGGCUUUCAGAGCUGAAGCAGCGCUUAAAUACGGUGAAACCUGAUUACAUCCACUUAAGUGCCCUUUACAUGUCCCACUUGUGCAAAUGAACUGUGUAAAUAUCUAAUUGAUAAGAGUAUAGCAGGGCAGUGGCCAAUGGACCUUUUCUUUUUGACUGUUUUAGCUUGAUGAAAACAAUCUCUGGAAAAUUAUAGCUGUACCCUGUUAAUGGACCAUUAUAGAGCAUGUCCCUUUUGUGAAUUAAUAAUGACUUGUAAGGGCCUCGAUAGUGUGAGCCCAGUGAUUCAAACUCGCAUUGAAUAAAUGUGAUGAGAUUUAUUACCAUGAACACAUAUUGUAUCGAUGUAUCUGUUUGCAUUUGUGAAUCUCCACAGUGUUAUUCACUGCUCAGAUAUCUGUUAACACGUUAAAUGCAACGGAUUGAGGCACAAUUGCUUUGCCUGUUGUUGCUAUUGUUGUUUGUUAUUGUGAACAAGAUCCAAUUUGUGAAUAUAAACAAAUGCAGCCAAUCAAUUUCCAUAGUAGCCCUGCCUCAGAUGAGGUGCCUGACCAUAAUAUUAUUUAACACUCUCAAUCAAUGGCAAUUCAUUUUUACUCCCUUGAAACAUAACUUGCAGUGAACCACUUCAAAUAAGCAACUCCAAAGGUUAUACAGAUUGAAAUUCGCAAUACAUUUAUUUUGAUAUAUAGGUUAAGUAGUUUAUGAAAACUUUGGUAAUCUAUGAAUAUGUUUAGUCUCUUCCCAAUGUUAUGAGGAGAUAAGAGUGUGAAUUCCUGCACGUCUAGAUAGUCCUGUCGGUGAAGUCACUUGGCAGUCCAAUGAACCUUAUCCAAUACAAGUAGAAAGUAUUUCAGAAGACAUUUGUGCACACUGUAUAGCACAGUAAAUUACUUCAUAUAAUCUGUGGACAGGACAGCCUUCAUCAAUUCAUCUGUGUGCCAUCCUUCUCAUCAUCAUUACUCUCCUGCUCCUCCAGGCCUACUUGCAACUCAGUCAUCCAUUGUCUCCCUGAGAGGAAACUACACUACCCUGGCAUCUCAUUCCAACCCGCAUCCCAUUGAUCACAAUGUGUCUAACUCUAACCCAUGGAAGUUGUGGUGCUCUGGAACUAUCAUCAUCAUCACUAAAAACAGGCCAACCCAUGAACAGUAAACACCGUGGCUGGUAUGACAAACUUAAUCUACUCCAACCCUCCUCUGCUUUUAGAACCAAGUAAGAAAUACCCUGCUGUGAUUUCAAAUGGAUGUGUCCAAGUAAUAACAGGAAGAGUAAAAGUUGACCCAAAUGAAAAGUUUACCUCAUUUAUAUGGAUAAAAGUCAAUUCAUCUAUUGAUCCUGAGAGUCAGCAACCAAAAACAUGGCUUAGUUUCCUCAGCUUAAGCUUAGUGUUAGCAUAGUUGCGUGCACUAAUCGAGUCCUGUGAUACCAUGUUUCCAAAGAGCAUGCCUAUAUGACCUGACUUAAAGUUGAUUUAAGCAUGCUGUUAGGAACAUACUGUAUUAGCACAGGCCCUACCACUCCUGCGUUUGCAUGCAAUGAUGUUAAGGCUAAGCUGUGGGUGAGUAAACUAAGCCAUUUUUGUGGUUGCUGCCUCUCAGGAUCAAUAGAUCAUGCUAAGAGUACACUGUGUUACUUUGAAAACCCAAACGUUGGUGAAUAUGUUAUCCUGUAUGACUCGCUAUUGGUAAAGCGAAUACACUUGACAUAAUAACUAUUGAUUUUCUUAAAGUAAAAAAUAUUAUACUUUUUUACAUUUCACUGGCCACUUGUUUACUCAAGUCUCCAAGAUAAAUAUUUUAUAGCUAUACAAGUAUCAUUACUUAUCAAUAAUACCAGAGCACAUUGGUUUCUGAGAGAUAGACAUUAUAAUCAACUUUGUAUAAAAACCAAUUAUGACCCUCCAUCCAAAGGACAAUGAAGACAAAGUGUUUAGCAUUGAACUUGGACACACCAUUUUUGAAUGUAAGAGCAAGGUUAGUGGUUGAGUAGUGCAUGUCUAGUCCUGUGAACUUGUGUGAAAAUGAGGCUAGAGAUUAAACAUCAUGCCCACAAAUUCACCCUCUGGCCAAGUAGGGCAUCAAUUACCAUCUAAAUUAUCAAUGGGCUCUGAGGAUUUUGUGCACUGUAAUGCAAUACUAAUCUUCAUUUUGUAGGUUGCUAUUGAUGAAGUUGUUACAGUAUCUUCCGUUAUUAUUAACGAGACAGCCUAAUCUGAUGAACCCAAGACACUAUUUUUGCUCAAAAUGUUCAGUAAUGUUAGAUCAGUGUCUUGAGAAUUACGGCAGAAAUAAUUUCAUUCUCUGAAAAUAUAUGAUAAGAUUUGAUCUAUUGGGUUCAUAGAAAUAACCAUUUUCAGGCCAAAUGACAUGCUUGAAUAGACUCUUAACCAUUUCCCCUUAAGCGAUUCCGUUGCAUGUAAGCUCAUGUGUGCUCACAUUAAACAGCUUUAACGCAAACCACUGGAUGGUUUCUUGUCAGACUCUCCAACCCCCUCCACUCCAUGCCCUGACAAUCACUCAACAAGAUGAUGGGCCUGGUACCCUGGAAGCCCAGCCAGUCAACCCUGGGGCUCUGGGAGACAGACAACAAAAUGUAUCCUCUAUCCAGUAUCUCUGUCUAACAUCUCUCUAUGUGCCCUGUGUAUCCCAGGCAUUACCACUGUGCUAACCAUGACCACACUCAGCAUCAGCGCCCGCCACUCUUUGCCCAAGGUUUCCUACGCCACGGCCAUGGACUGGUUCAUUGCUGUAUGUUUCGCCUUCGUUUUCUCAGCCCUCAUCGAGUUUGCCGCAGUCAACUACUUCUCCACGCUGCAGGCCAACCGGGAGCUCCGCAAGGCGGCCGCCAUCAAGGCAGCCCAGGAGGCUGCAGAGGCCGGGAGGAGCGACGGGGAGUCCUCUUCGGUAAUCCACCCCCCUCCUCCCUCCCUCCUCAUCUUACACUCCUCCCUCCCUUUCCCUUUCCUCCCAUCUCUAUGUCCCUCUCAACCCCCGCCUCCUAGUCUAUGAUAACAAGAGCAUUUGACGAGAAGAGACAGCCAGUGGCUUCAUGAACGCGGUUGCAGCAGAUUAUGUAAGACGAAUAGAUUAAGGGAAUAUCCAGGCAGAUCAUUGGAGGCUCACGAGAAGCCUUCAUGCUGGAGGGGAAAGGCAAGCCCAAUGCUUUGCGCUUCUGUGGGAGAGAUACUAUUAUUAGGUGGCUGCACCAACUACAUGAAGACCUACAUGUAGGUUUUCACGUAACAAAAUUACUAAAUAGUCAAUCGGAGAGGAGCUCUAUCUCGCCAUCUGUCACCAUUUUGAAUUACUAUCUCUCUAAAAGGCAGCCAAAUCUAAAUGACCUGUUUAAAUGUUGACUGUUUAUGACUGGUUGACUGGUUGUUGACUGGAUAAGAUGUUGACUGGUUAUGACUGGUUGACUGGUUGUUGACUGGUUAAGAUGUUGACAGGUUAUCACUGGUUGACCAGAUGUUGACUGGAUAGGAUGUUGACUGAUUAUAACUGGUUGACUGGUUGUUGACUGGAUUUUGGUGUUGUUGACUGAGUCUAUCAGCUCUUCCUUAGCUGAAUACUAAGGACUGUUUAUAUUAUACACUGAUUUAGCUGUGUGUCAGCAUGCUAACACUCCAUUUGUUCACCUGAUUGGUGAAAUUGGAUUAAAGAGAGGACACAAGCAAAAUUGAUAGGAUAACCUGUGUAUUAUGUUGCACUAUAAAUCCUGCAUUUUUCAUCUCAUGAAAAAAAAUAAUAUCACGCGGUAUUGACAUUUCAUGAGGUAUCCCAUCAAGCUCUAGCGAUAUUAAGUCAGUAUGCAAAACAAUGUUAUAUAGUGUAUCUACUGUAUAAGAAUUUGCUCUGAUCAUUGUGGGAUUUGAGCCUGAGAGCCAGCAGAGAAUUCAAGCCUGUUGUCAUUUCAGAAAUAGCUGCAAUAUUAAAGCAGCAUGAGCCGCAUGCUCCCUGCGUGAUUUCUCACCUCCGUUGGACUCACACAGCAUUCAGCAGCUGACAUUUGCAGCUCCAAACUGCUCUGUGAUGGAAGCCAGUUAAACCAGUGCCAGCGCUCUCUCUCUACCCCACACCACCUCUCACAACCCUGCCUCAGUCCCUCAUCCCCAGUCCACACCACCCAACCCUGCCUCAGUCUCUCAUCCCCAGUCCACACCACCCAACCCUGCCUCAGUCCCUCAUCCCAAGUCCACACCACCCAACCCUGCCUCAGUCCCUGCUCCAGUCACUCUGCUGCACUACAGUAGCCAAAUGCUAUUAAAUAUAAAACGUUGUAUUGAUGAAUGAAUCAAUGACUGUAUCUUUUAUGAUUUUGUGCAUAUGCCAUACGGCUCUGUGUUGUUAUAGGAAAUGGGUUCAAUUAAAACUGCAUUAUGCCAAAAUAAAACCCAAUUGAUUUCCUAUUUUAAUCUUAAUUGCCAAUGACUUACUGUUGUGCUGGUCAUAGAUUUACUGUGCAGACCUGUUCUCUCACUCACCUCCUCCACCCACCUUUAUGCACUAUACAGGAUGCCAGCAGUAUGCUGAAGAAGAGGAUGAACUCCACGCCUCACUUUGAGAGGCCAGCAGAGGUGUUCCCUAACCCUCCAGUGAAUGCCCAGGCCUUCCUCCAGCAAGGCUCAGCCAUGCCAUCCAACAACUUACUGACAGGCACCAGCAUCAUAGACAAGUACUCACGCAUCCUCUUCCCUCUGUCGUUCGGGGCCUUCAACCUGGUCUAUUGGAUAGUCUAUCUUACCAAGGACACCAUGGAGAUGACAAGGUAAAGGUG